CUAAAUGUUUACUCCGUGAUUGCACGUUUAAGAGAAGCAAGAUAACGGAAAUCCUUCAUUUUAGUACCUCCACAUUAAAAAGUUUAAACGAGGUGCAAAAUGGUCUUAAAAGUAAUCAUAUUUCUUUCUUUAGGAUUUUUCCUAGAAGAAUCCUCCGCAGCAACAGAUAAAGUUAUUUGCUAUUAUGCUAGCUGGGGCGCCCAACGACCAGGCAAUGGCAAGUUCGUACCUGAAGAUAUUGAUGUAAAUCUGUGUACUCAUAUUAAUUAUGCAUUUGUUGGACUUGACAGUGAUAGCAGAAUAAUUGUCCUAGACGAAGAGAAUGAUAUUAAUCAAGGUGGGCUAAAACGUGUUAGUGCCUUGAAAGAAAUCAACCCUAAUCUGAAAGUUAUGCUAAGUGUUGGAGGAGCUACAGCCAGUCCGGAGGCCUUUGAAGGAGCAGCCAACGAUGCUUCAAAAUUAGAAGCAAUGACCCAAAGUGCCAUAGAAUUUUUUGAAACUUACGGAUAUGAUGGACUGGACGUCGACUGGGAAUACCCUCAGGAUAAACAAACAUUCAACAAACUACUCUCAGGUCUGAGAGCAGCUCUUGAACCUAAAGGCUAUCUACUUACAGCUGCCGUAAACUCAAUUCCUGGUGAAGUAGGAGGUUACGACAUUCCCGCCAUGACUCAAGUCUUGGAUAUCAUCAAUGUGAUGACCUAUGACUUCCACGCAAUGUGGGGAGGAUUUACAGCAGAAAACUCUCCAUUAUACGGUGGCGUUAACGAAAGUCAAUGGCAAAGAGAUAAUCGUAAUGCUGAUGCUGCUAUCAGAUAUUGGUUAGAUGGAGGCGCAGAUCCACAAAAAGUAGCAAUUGGAGUCGCUUUCUAUGGUCAUUCUUUUAUUCUUUCUGAUCCCUCUAAGCACGGCUUGAACGACCAGACUACUGCCCCCGGCGAUCCGGGACCUUACACUGAUAACCUUGGAAGUUUGGGUUACAAUGAGAUUUGUGAGUUUCAUCCCGAUGGAACCGUUGUUUACAUGGAUGAUAUGAAGGUACCCUACUUGUAUGAUGGUGAUUUUUGGAUUGGAUUUGAUAAUGAGCAAUCUGUUGCAGAAAAGGUGGCAUACGCUAAAGAGAAAAAUCUAGCUGGUGUCUUUAUUUGGUCCAUUGAAACAGAUGACAUGCACGAGUUUUGCGGCAGGAAAAACGGACUUCUAAACGCGGUUAAUGACGCUAUGCAUGGUUAAUAUUUUGAACUGUAAUUACAGAUUUUAGUUUUAGACAAUAAAGUAAUUACGACUGUAAGCAAAA